CUAGAAGAUGGGUUGGCCCACCCCACCCCACCCCACCAUUAUUUAAAACUAAAAUUUGCACUGAACUUAUUUAAACACCCAAAAACAAACUAUGUCAAUGCACACAAACAUCAUCUUUUAAAAUUUCGUUAAAUUACACAAUAUUUAACAUUUGGUGUUUCUUUUAGGUAGUAGUGCAUACUAUCCAAUGGGCGCAACCCAAACCGUCACCGUAUUGGAGCAUAUUCCGGUCUCUCUGCCGCCGGAAACCACCGCCGAACUCACUCUUCCCCUCACAUUUCUCGAUGUGGUGUGGCUAUCAUUACCACCGGUACACCGCCUCGUCUUCUACCGACACCCUGUGUCGAGAUCCGAGUUCGUGGACGACAUCAUUCCAAAGAUGAAAAACUCCCUAUCCAAAACCCUCCAACACUUCAGUCCAAUGGCCGGGAGAGCGGUCGUCUCUCCCGACCACUUGAACCUGUCCAAAAUCCGUUACGCGGACGGAGACACCGUCCCGUUAGUCUUUGCGUUGUCGUCGUCAGACGGUUUUGACCGCCUCGCAUCGGACAAUUCAAGGAGUUGUGCAGAUUUUCAUCCCCUCGUGCCGAGAUUGCCCCCGACGUCACGAGGGGUUGAUGGAUCCAUCACAAUCCCGGUUUUUGCGCUACAAGUGACGCUAUUCCCAGACGUCGGGUUUUGCAUGGGCGUGACCAACCACCACAUCAUCGGCGACGCGAACACCAUCUUCCGUUUCAUGAAAGCGUGGGCUUUCUUUUCGUCCUCUCCCCAUCACCAAGAUUCUCUCCCACCCCAAUUCCUGCCGUUUUACGACAGAACAACAGUAAAAGACGAGAGAGGAUUCGCGGAGAUUUUCUGGGACUACGCAAAGACGAGCAAUGUCGAGGAGACACUCGACGUUGAUCUCCUCCCGAAGAUCCCAGACAAGGUCCGAUCCACGUUUGUGGUGAGCAAGGAGGACAUCCAAAGGCUGAAGAACCACGUCGUAAAACGACGCCCGAAAAUCCCCCACGUCUCCUCAUUCACAGUGGUCUUCUCCUACGUGUGGGUCUGCUUGGUGAGAUCAAGAACCGAGAUCAACAAUGCUGACGGCGACGAUGAUGAGGAGAUGGACAACUUUAUUUUCACGGCCGAUUGCCGGGCACGGUUGGGCACGCCGGGCUUGCCCCACAACUACUUCGGCAAUUGUGUCGUGCCGUGUAUGGGAAGCGUGCGAACGAAGGACUUAACAGGAGACGGAGGCGUGGCGAAUGCGGCUGAGGUGGUCGGCGGAAGCAUCCACAGCCAACUGAACAGCAAAGAUGAAGAUGGAGUGGCAAGUGGAGUUGAAGAUCUGGCUACUAGGGUGGCUGCAAUGAAGAAAGAUCGAAUACUGGGCGUGGCUGGGUCGCCCAAGUUCGACUACUACGAGCUGGAUUUCGGGUGGGGAAAGGCCAACAAGUUUGAAAUUCCAUCCAUUGACAUAACUGGGGCUAUUUCAAUGAGUGCAGCCAGCAAGAAGCAUGGGGAAGGCGGCGGACUGGAAGCUGGUUUGGCGUUGCCAGUUGCACAAAUGGACAGUUUUACCAGGAUUUUUGCAGAGGGAUUGAAAGCUCAGCUCUAUGAAGAAGAAGAAGAAGAAGAAGAAGAAGAAGAAGAAGAGGAGGAAAAACAGUAGUAAUACUAUAUGAAUAAUUCCCAGCUAUUUCAGGUGCACAAUAAAGUUGGGACAAGUGU